AUGGACUCUCGCAAACCUGUCGAAAAUGCAGCCUCGAUCGUCAUCCCGGCAAUCUGGUCCAUGGUGGGGAUCACAACGGCGUUCUUUUGUUCGAAGAUCUACACGCGCAUCACACGAAGUGGACAAACAUGGUGGGACGACUAUCUCUUGAUCAUCAGCUGGGGCUUUCUUAUCGCUCCUGGAUCGACACUCACUGUUGCUGUAAAAAACGGACAUCUCAUAUCAGACAGUACUGAGGCACUUGCUGUCAGUGCCUUGGUCCGCACAUCACACACAUUUCAUCUAUUAGCACUGGCUUUAUCUAAGACCUCUUUUGCUGUCUCCUUGCUACGCUUCUCCAACAAGGUCGAGAAAGUGCUUAUCUGGCUCGUUGUCGGAUCGAUCAACAUGCUCUCCAUCUUUCACGUGUUCGCGCAAUGGAGGGCUCUCUGCGGUGACACAGUUCCGUAUGUUCUUCCGGGUUCAUGCUGGGAAGCACACGAUUUGGGCAUUGUGAACAUUACAGCUUCAAUUUUCUCAGCGGGGACGGAUUUGGUCCUUGGCCUACUUCCAUGGCGAGUCAUUUGGAAUACCAAUCUGGAGAAGAAGAAGAGGAUCAAUGUCGGUGUUGCUAUGAGCUUUGAGAUAUUCGCGUCGGCUAUGGGGGUCAUGAAGGGAGUUCAGGCUAUCAGAACCCUCAAACCACUUGAACCAGAGUUUAACUGGCACCUUAUGCUGUAUUGGAUAUUCUCUCUCACCGAACCGAGCUCAACCAUCAUCGCAGCCUCAAUACCCAUUCUGCGUGUCCUCGUCGGUGAAAUAGCUCUGUGCACAAGAUAUGGAUCAACCCCGACCGUACUUGGAUAUGUUCGAUCUGACGGCAACCGAUUCUUGGCCCAGCCUCGACCCGAAUCACGAAGGAACUCCGAGUCUCGCCAUCAAACUUUCCUUAAUGACACCGCAAGCGAAAGUAGUAUCCUCGAUGGCCGGCAUGGCCACCGCGGCGGGGGUAUCACGCUAAAGACGGAGGUCUCGAUCGAAUUUGACCGGAAACCCGAUCACCAGCCAAGGCUAGAGAUGUUUGAGCUGCGUCCAGGGGUUUCACGGUCGAAUUCGGUGAAGGUGAAAGGAAAAGACCCAGUGGUGUUGUCCAGUCCACUGCCGCAGUUCCUAAUGAAUGAUUAG